AUGCGGAAAAUUCAAGGCCUGGAUUUACCAACAUGGCAUCCUACCACGCCUAUUGUGGCCGCUGCUGGUGUACAGUGUACCGUCAUCAACAGUGGAAGCAAUGGAGAGGACAAUAAAUUCAUUCCUCAGGAGGUGGAUGGGGGUGCCAAAGAGUUUCACCAGGCUCGAUUUGAACUGCACAGAUCACUGACGGAGGAAUACAAGGUCACAACGGCUCGGAAAGUCAUUAUUCUACGAGAUAGUAGUGAUGAGAAGGUUAGAGAAGCAGGAGUGCAGGUCAACACCGGGAGAGAGAGGAGGGCUGACAAGGCAGUGAAAGAGGCUGAGGCUCGUCUUCGGCACAGCGACAUUGUCGGUAAUGUCGCACACGGGCGACUAGGUUUCGGAUGCGUCAUCCGUUCGCAGUGGAGCAAAGCCAGUGCAAAAGACCGACGCACCCAAGUGCAGGAAGAGGUUCGCCGAAUGGAGGAAGAAUCCAGGCUCACCAGAGCUGUUACCCUACGGAAACAGGGAAAAUGGCUGAACUGGGAGGGAGUACCCCAGAGGAAGCUUACAUGGAAUGCGAUCUGGACCAUGGAAAGCGACAGACUUAGUUUCCUGCUCAAGUCUGUCUACGACGUGCUGCCAAGUCCAACAAACCUAGUGACUUGGGGUCUUGCCGAAAAGCAUGAUUGCAAGCUCUGUGGAAGACCAGCGAAUCUGGAACAUGUCCUGAGCUCAUGCAGGACAGCCCUGCCUGAUGGCAGAUACAGAUGGCGUCACGACAGGGUUCUUGCUUCAAUCGCCGAUCAUUUAGAUCAAGCACGAAAAGCGAAGAAGACGACCAACAAAGGACCCUCAUUCAUUUCCUUUGUCAGAGCUGGAGAAGAUGGGGCAAAGGCCAAAAGCGCAUGUGAGAUUCUUGGAACGGCAACAGAUUGGAGAAUGGAAGCAGACUUGAAGAAACAGCUCAAGUUUCCACAGGAGGUCACCGUGACAAACCAGAGACCCGACAUAGUACUGUGGUCAGCUGUACCAAAACAGGUUGUGAUGGUGGAGCUCACAGUACCAUGGGAGGAGCGGAUUGAAGAGAGCUUCGAACGGAAGCGCGAAAAGUACCAGGCUCUCACAGAUACCUGCACAGAGAAAGGCUGGAAGGCAUGGUGUUUUCCGGUGGUGGUGGGCUGA